AUGUCAGUUAGCAUACAAGUACCACCUCUUCCGUUCAAAGUUAAGGCGAGAUAUGGUUGGUCAGGACAAACUAAAGGUGAUUUGGGGUUUCUUGAAGGUGAUGUGAUGGAGGUGACAAGAAUCACUGGUGAUUGGUUUUAUGGUCGUCUACUUAGAAAUAAGAAAUGCUCUGGUUAUUUCCCCAAUAACUUCGUGAAUAUUCUCCAGGAGCGUUUAAAUAGGAAUCAAGAAGCUAAAAAGAAGGAAGUCAUGUCACAACCACCACCACCACCACCACAAGAAAGUAGUAGGAAAGUUGGAAUUCCACCAAUCCCAGCAAGAAGUACAGAAGAAGGGUCGCCGAGAUCUUCACGGUCUUCGAGAUCUUCAAAAUCGUCAGAUGGGUCCCUGAGAGCUAUAGCAAAGAGACAACAACAACAACAAGAAGCUGCCAACGUGAGACAUUUAAGGUCAAGAGGUUAUCAUGCGUAUUCAUCGCCAACUCUUCCAACGGUAUCACCUAGUGGACAUGAGGCACUGUCUGCAAAGAUGUAUAGAAUCCCAGAAUCUACAUCGAGGCGAUAUGAAGGGGAAUCAGAUUUCUUACCAGAACUUCCACCAAUUCCAAUUUCGCCACGAACUGAUCUUCAUCGCCGUCCGAAACUGCCGCCAAGCUUAAAAUCUAAAUCGGCGGCAGAUUUAUAUGCAGUUGGAACCUCAAAAGAUUCAUUUGACUAUUUUCAAGAGCAUAAAAAUUUCUACGAUGGAUAUCAUCCAUCGAGUUCAUCCUCGUUUACCAAUGACACAACUUCAAUGGAUCUUUUCUCGGAUGCUCAAUACUUGGAAAAUUCGGCUCUGAGUAGUGAAAAUAGUUAUGCCAUUAUGAGUGAUUUCAGUGCUACUAGUGCUGGUAGUUUUGCUAGACAUAAAUUUGCUCAAUCCUUUGAAGACUCUCUAGAAAGAUCUCAAAAUGCUACUGGUAGCGGUUCUCUAAAUGAUUCCGGUAACGGCAAGAUGGGAGGUGUGCUUCGAAGAAUGGUUAAAAAGGGUAGUGGUUCACCAGUAAGUGAUGUUCCAGGAAGUCCGGUUUCAGGUGAAUAUCCAAAACUGCCAGAUCUCAAGUCAUUAGUAGUCAAUUCAACGAGAUCAGAUGCUCGUGAUUGGCUCACCGUUAAGACUCAUCUGAACAGAUCAAGGUCCCUAACCAAACAUGAAAAGCAUCCAAGGUACAUGCGAGCCCUUGAAAUGCAUAGAGAUUUGGUAUUACAUCCGCAAGAUGCAAUUUACAAUGGCUUAAAUACGAAUGAAGUUAAGGCACAUGGUCAACCGGGGAUUGUAGAUAUCGAAUUAGCUGGCCUCAAUUUGGAAUAUAUCGAUAAUAUGACAAGGAAAAGAUGCAUAAAGGAUGGAUCAAUGAGGCUGGACGAUUGGGCGCAGACUACUUUUUCUGCUAGGUAUGCCACUCCAGUGGAAAAAUUAAGAGGCAUAUACGUUUUCUGUACAGAGAUGUUUGGAUUAGUCGACGAUAACGGUUGUACUGAUUUUUCGAGGCAACCAUCUCAUUUAGAUCGAAUUCUUUAUCAAAAGCAUUGUACGCCUUACCAAUUGACAUGUCUCUUCAAAAGGUUAUGCAACUCUCUAGGGAUUACGUGUGAGGUUGUCAUUGGAUUUUUAAAGACACCCAUUUCCAAAACACAUGAAUUUAAAUACAAUCACUGCUGGUUGAGAGUGUUAGCAAACAAGGAAUGGAGGUUUAUCGAUGUCAUUCUGGGGAACGUUUCAAACCCAGUGCAUGAAUUUGUUAAUAACAAAAGAAUAACGAGGGCAGAGAAUAGGUAUUUCUUGGUGGAACCUCUAGAGUUCAUCUAUACACACGUUCCUGCCAAAGAAUCGGAACAACAUAUUGUUCCCAGCAUUGAUCAAUUAUCGGCACUAUAUCUGCCCUUAGUCUUCCCAUCUUUCUUUAGAAAUGGGUUGAAGCUUUACAAAUUUAGUACCGCAUUAGCAUAUUUGGAGGAUUCGGAGAUUUAUGAAUGUUCUAUUGAAAUCCCUAGUGACAUUGAAGUAUUUGCAUCAGUGGUUAUCCCCGCAGAAAAUUCGAAACUUGCUAAGGCAUCUAGAAAGAUGGAUUUGGCAUUGACUCAAGUGAAAAGACAUAGAGUGGAUAGUUCACGCAGAAUAGCCGUCGUAAAGGCCAUCUUACCGCCGGGCGUGAAGGAAGGUGCCUUGUACAUCCAUUCUGGGUUAAGAGGAUCUCAAACAACCUUAGCCAAUGUCCAUCCAUUGUCCAUGAUGGUGUCACUACAACAUGAAGGUGAAGAGAUGAAAUAUGAAUUCGUAGUUCGUAGACCUUCCGAAAAUGUACAAAAAGUGGAAAUGUACGUUGUGGAACCUCAGAACAAGUAUUUGUUUGUCAAUAACGAAUACAGCUUUGAAAUAAUUCAACAGCCUUUUGAUGGGAUAUUAUACAACCCUUCUGGUAUCAACAAGAAUUGUAAGCAACCGUUGGCUCUAAAAUCACCCUCUGGUAAAAUUUACGAAUUAAAGAAGAAUGAUCCUCACUUUGCAUUUGGAACUUGGAAAUUCAACGUCGUUCUUAAGGAAACAGGUGUUUGGACAGGUUUAGUUCUAGCUGAUUCUGGUAUGGGCUGGUGCAGUUUCGCUGAAUGGCUCUGUAUUUAA